AUGCGAACUCAUACUGGUGAGAAGCCAUUCAAAUGCGGUUUUUGUAACUCGAAUUUCAGCUGCAAAGCAGGCAUGCAAACACACAUGCGAACUCAUACUGGUGAGAAGCCGUUCAAAUGUGACCGUUGCAAUUCGAGCUUCGCCCAGAAGAUAAGCUUGCAAACACACUUGCGAACUCAUACUGGUGAGAAGCCGUUCAAAUGCGAUUAUUGCAAUUCGAGUUUAGGUCAGAAAACAGACAUGAAAAGACACAUGCGAAUUCAUACUGGUGAGAAGCCGUUCAAGUGCGACCAUUGCAAUUCGAGCUUCACCUGGAAGAUAAGCUUGCAAACACACAUGCGAACCCACACUGGUGAUAAGCCAUUCAAAUGCGGUUAUUGUGAUUCGAGUUUCGGUCAAAAAACAGACAUGCAAAGACACACGCGAACUCAUACUGGUGAGAAAACAAGUGCGGAAUUUGCGAAAAAAAGACGAAUGACCAAGCCUGUUCAGCUCGGCACCAGAAAACCAGAAAAAUCACUGAGUGAAAGAACGUAA